AUUGCUGAGUGAGGUGGUAGUACUUCUCACUAACUGCGGAGCAUCAACUGAGGCAUCAUUAAGAGCAGAAAUGGUGAACACUUUGGCUGGUGGCCAACAAACUCAUUCUCGCCUUCGCUCUGUUAUAGCCGAGAAGGGAAGUAGAGGUGCUGAGAUUGUUGAUCCAUUGUUUGAGAAAGUUUUGAAAGACAUAGCAGAUUUCACCGAACCCAUUGCUGUGCCGGGUGGUCAGAUGCGACAAGGGUCAUAUCAGCUCAAGUCUGAUGUGCGAUUUAACGAGUUUUGUCCGGUGUUGUGCCAGCAUCGUGCACUUUCCCCAAAAUCUAGUGCCGCUGUAUUGAUGGAUGUGGAAAAAUUGGAGAGAGAUCUGCUUAGUAAUGAGGAAAAAAUUGCGCAAAUGUGGAUCCCAUACCAACUAUCGGACUUCUCCGAAAAAACUCGUCACGAAUCCGUGCGACAUAUAGCAAAAGUACUUCUAUGCGACCGAUUUGUGCAACUUUCCAUUGUUGUGCUCGAGGCGGGUAUUCUUGGAAGGCCUGAGAUUCGCGAAACCACCACACAGCUAGUAAUCUACCUUCUGUCAUUAGCUUACCAGUAUAUGGCUACACUGCCUCCAUCUGAAAAGUAUGCAGCUGUUUCGAGGUUCCGAAAGAGUUAUGUGGCCACUGAAGGGUUGAAAGUUGUUCAAUUACCUUUGCUUGUAUUCGUGUUGUUCAUCAUCGAAUGUGAGAAACGAGCCGUGAAAACGAAAUUUCUUGAAAGGACAAUGGCUGGGGAUUUUGACAAGAAGCGUAUAGUUGGCGGUGCUGCUGAAUAUUUGGGACGGCUUGUCACU